AUGGUCGCCCGUCCGUUACCAGACGAGUCGGAGGUGCUGCCAGACAUCGUGGCCAUGGAGAAGGUCGAGGAAGAAGCGCGUCAAGAGCGUGAAGCUGCAGCUGCUUCAGAAGGAGCUCCCGGCUGCCCCAAGCCGGUCGAAGUCUCGAGCGAGAAGAUCGCCAAGCUGGACUCGCUCCUGGAGAAAGCCAGUCUCUACUCGAGUUUUCUCUUUUCCAACAUGGAAAAUGCAGCACGAGGUACGUCCGACGUGGUCGAAACGGCAGAGGAAACUGAAGUUGCUACGGAUCGUAAACGCAAACGGGACACGCAAUCGUCGCAGACGGGACAUGAAAAGACGAAAAAAGGCGUUGACAAGCUGCGUGAAGUGCAAGAAGACCAGCAGCAACUCAAGAACGUGUCGUUCCCGCAGCCUAAACUUCUUACGGGCGGCACGUUGCGUACCUACCAGCUUGAAGGCAUUCAGUGGCUGUGUAACUUGUUUGAGAACGGGCUGAACGGCAUUUUGGCCGAUGAAAUGGGACUGGGCAAGACGAUCCAAGUGAUUGGACUGCUCGCUCACCUCAAGGCGCUCGGUGUGCGAGGGCCGCAUCUGAUUGUCGCUCCACUAUCGACGCUGAUGAAUUGGGCCACCGAGUUCCGCAAAUGGGCGCCUCAGAUGCCCGUCGUUAUCUAUCACGGCACGAAGCCGGAGCGGAAAAACAUGCGCAAGAAUGAACUCAAUAGCAAGAAGAAGAGUUACAUGGACUUUCCAGUCGUUAUUUCGUCGUACGAGGUCAUGUUGGCCGAUGCCAGGGCGUUUACAAACUCGGGUUUCGUGUGGAAGUAUAUGGUGAUUGACGAAGGGCAUCGUUUGAAGAAUAUGGACUGUAAGCUCGUUCGAGAGCUCAAGCGAGGACGUUCGGAGAAUCGGCUCCUGCUGACUGGAACGCCGUUGCAGAAUAACUUGACUGAGCUAUGGUCGCUGCUGAACUUCAUUCUGCCGGAUGUGUUUGAUGAUCUCGAGCUGUUUGAAAGUUGGUUUUCGUUCACACCUGAUGCUGUGACAACUGCUGCGGCUACGAAUGAAUCGGUAGCGACGCAGGAUGUGCUGCAGGGUGAGAAGAAGAUCGAGGUCAUUGCAAAGCUGCAUGAGAUCCUGCGACCUUUUCUUCUCCGUCGCCUGAAAGUAGAUGUAGUGGAAGAAAUGGUAUCGAAAACGGAGAUUUUCGUGUACUGCUCCAUGACACCAGUGCAGCGUGAGUAUUACCAGAUGAUCUGUGAUGGCACGCUCGCAAAGGCGAUGGAGGAGAAAUACGGCAAAUCUCGAGCCCAACAGGCGUUCAAUACGAGAACACUGAGAAACAAAGUGAUGCACAUGCGAAAGUGCUGUUUGCACCCUUACCUUUUUGAUGAACCGUUGACAGCAACAGGAGAUGUUGUGACGGACGAAAAGAUCGUCGCGAUGUCUGGAAAGAUGAUGGUACUGGAUAAGAUGCUGCGGGAACUCAAGCGUAAGGGCCAUAAAGUCCUCAUUUUCAGCCAGAUGACACGCGUACUGGACAUUCUAGAAGAUUAUUUAUCCAUGCGAGAGUAUAGCUACUGUCGCUUAGACGGCAGUACGAAGCUGAUCGAUCGCGUAGACCAGAUGCAGAAGUUUAACAAGGUGUCUGCUGGGUCAAUCGUUAUUACGAACGAUGACGACAACGUCUUUGUUUUCAUGCUAUCUACGCGCGCUGGUGGCCUUGGUAUCAACUUGAUUGCAGCCGACACCGUCAUCUUCUUUGACUCCGACUGGAACCCGCAGCAGGAUAAUCAAGCAAUGGAUCGAUGCCAUAGAAUCGGUCAGAAGAACGAAAUCAUCGUGUAUCGCCUUGUGACUGAAAACUCGUUUGAAGAUCGCAUGACCCAGCGAGCGUUCGAGAAACGUAAACUUGAGCGCGUUGUCAUCCAACGCGGUGGGUUCAAGCAGCGUACGACCCCUGCAGAGACUACUAGACUUACCAAUACAGAGUUGGAGGAACUACUGAAAGACGACGUGGAAAUCCGUAAGGGUGUGGAGAGCGGUGGCAUUACGGACACGGAACUGAGUCACAUUCUGGAUCGCGAGCUUGUUGUCAGGAGCUUCGUAAAACACACCAAGUAUGAUGAUGGACCUGAAGCAGACACGUCAUCAGAGUCGAUCAUGAUUCCAUCCAAAGGUCACGGGUACGAAGUGGUCGAAAAUACACCGGCAUCGAUGGAGGGUUUUGCGUAA